CUUCCAUCAAAGCAUUCACAAUCCAGUGUCACUUUCUGCUUUCAUUUCUCCAAAUCUCCUCUCUCCGACCAACAUUAGCAGCCAUGACCGCCGCCGAGGCAACCGUCGCCACGACAACCCUUCUCAGCCCCCGCCACAAGCGUUCCGGCAGAGCUAACGGAAAAGGAAACGGCGUUAAAGUCACGGCAAGCAAGAAAACCGGCGUUCAUCACGCCGACGGUGACAUUCCUCACGGGAAGGCAUCGUUCAUGAAAUGGACACUGGACGACGUCGUUUAUGUCGCGAAAUAUCACCGGAUACCCUGCUUUUUUGCGGCGGGGCUGUUGUUUUUCAUUUACGUGGAAUACACGCUCCGGAUGGUGCCGGACUCUUCACCGCCGUUUGAUCUGGGGUUCGUCGUCACACGCUCCUUCCAUCGCGCACUGGCUUCGUGGCCGGAACUUAAUUCCAUUUUAGCCGCUCUUAAUACGGUGUUUGUUGGGAUGCAAUCAGUGUAUAUAAUAGGGACCUGGUUAGUUGAGGGUCGACCAAGGGCGACGAUUUCUGCUUUGUUCAUGUUCACUUGUCGUGGGAUCCUUGGUUACUCCACGCAGCUCCCAUUACCUCAGGAAUUUGUAGGGUCAGGGAUGGAUUUUCCUGUAGGGAAUGUCUCAUUUUUCCUCUUCUUCUCCGGCCACGUUGCUGGAUCGGUGAUUGCAUCGUUGGACAUGAGGAGAAUGCAGAGAUGGGAAUUGGCAUGGUUAUUCGACACACUCAAUGUGCUUCAAGCCAUGAGAUUGCUCGGUACAAGGGGUCACUACACGAUCGAUUUGGCGGUUGGCGUCGGUGCCGGGAUUUUAUUCGAUUCGCUCGCGGGCAAGUAUAUAGAGAGCAGGAAAGAAGCUGCUCUUACGUGAGGUACCAAUGAAGUAAGCGUAGUCAAUAGUGAGGAACUAGUAAUAGUAUUGUCAAUGAACAUGUUCUUGGAUCUUCAAAUUUUGAAGAAAAAGAUACUGUUUUUAUAAUCAGCUUCUGUGCACUUGUGUUUGAUGAUAUCCUUCCAAAUGGUGAAUGUUAUUAAACUAGAGUACUCCAUCUAUUGAUAUGAUUUUAGUUCGAGUCUUGGGUUGUAGUACUACUAGAUACUUGAUGA